AUGAAGGAAAAGAGCAGCAGCAACAAGGCGCUCGCCUCUCAGCCAGCCACCGCUAACACGACGUCGAGUCCUCGAAAAAGUCAAGUUUACCGUCGCCGCACUUCGCUGGAUCAGCACGUAGAGCCUCGCGUCAGGUCAUCCACAAACAUGGUUGCCGCCAUACAGGCGGUGCCGUCCAUGAGCAUCGAAACAAGCGCCGACGCGAUGCGCCGCCCGCCGCCGCUGGUGGUAUCACCGUCGAACCCGAAGGUGUCCGCAGCACGACGGCCGGCACCGUCAGUCGCAGAGGGACAACGUCAUCACAAGCAACGCAAAGGGUUAACUGGGGACGGACAACCGCAGAGCUACUGGAAGCGCCUGUCCUCUUUGAUGCUUGACCAGGAAGAGUUCGAGGACCUCGACAACCCACUCAUGAGUCCAACCGACCCCGCAAAGGUCACUGACUCGCAGUGGCGCACGACUCAGAUGAUCGAGCGUCUGCCGCUCCCCAGCUGGGUGAAGCAAAGCCUAUUCGAUGUGCUCGACUUCCUGACACGUAAGAGGGUGCACUUUGUCGUGCUGAUUCUGGCGGUGCUCAUGUUUGUGAUCGCGCCAGAAGGCAUGAUGGAGGACGUCGCCGGUACCUUCACAGUCGAUGAGGACGCACGACCGGGGCUCACCUUCUUCAACAAGUACAACAGAGGCAGCACAUACCUGCCACGGCGGCACCCCGUCGCCAUCAUCCCGGGCUUCAUCACCGGCGCGCUUGAGGUGUGGGACACCUCGAUGAAGUGUGUGCGGCAGAAGCCUUUCUUAGGAUUCAGACAGCGCAUGUUUGGUCCGCAGAUGAUCUACCUCAUCCUGUCUGAUCCUCAGUGCUGGCUGGACUUGUUCAGCAUGGACAAGAAGACUGGAAUGGACCGCAAUGACACGAAGGUGCGCCCCGACUCAGGCUUUACAUCGGUGGACUUCUUCUUCCCAGGCUACUGGGUCUGGGCGAAGGUGCUUAUUAACCUAGCGGAUAUCGGCUACGACCCACAGAGCAUGGCGGUCAUGACAUACGACUGGCGCCUCUCCCCUCUUAAGGUGCACGAGCGUGACGGCUUCUUUUACCAGGUGCGCAACAACCUGCGUUUUCUGUGUCGGAAGAACCGGCAGCGGGCGGUGGUCAUCUCACAUAGCUACGGAACAACCGUCGCGCUAGCCUUCUUCCGAUGGGCGGAGCAGCGUGAGAGCGGCUUCAUGGACCGCCACGUCGCCUACUACGUGAGCGUAGGCGGCGUUGCAAUGGGGGUUGGCAAGGCCGCCUCAGCGUUGCUACUCGGCGACGCAAGAGACACACUUAACAUUCCGUGGGCAGCGAGGAAGAUACUGGACAACUUCAUCAGCCAGGAGGCGCGCUAUAACUUGUCGAGGUCAUGGAGUUGUCUAGUGUCGAUGCUGCCGCGCGGUUGCGAGGACGCUUGGCCGGGUCUCACAGUGCUGCCUAACGGUACCUCGCUCGGCACUCGCGGCACGGCGGAACUGAUCCGCGGCGAAUGCCAGCGCUCCGGUCACGAGGACUGCGUUCGUGAGGUCAGCUCCUUCUUGGAGACCAUCGACGACUUGCCCUCGUUGCCGCAGGCACCAAAUACAACGGUGGCGUGCCUGUACGGCGUCGGCUUGCCAGCAGAAAUGGGCUACUACCUCAUGUCGAACCCAGUCAAGGGGAACACCGAAACCCCGUACGUGGGGAACAGCUCCGUCUUCAACAACAACACCUCUUAUGGCGUGCGCAUGUCGGACGGCGACGAUACGGUGCCACUCAUAUCGCUCGCGUACAUGUGUCGCGCUGUGAACGGGUGGAAGCGUAAUGUAGGCCGCGUUGUGACGCGGGAGUUCAAUCACACCAUCACGGGUACCUCGUCGCUGAACCUGCGCGGUGGCAAGCUGAGUGCCAAGCACGUCGAUAUCCUUGGCAACUACGAGAUGCUAGAAACCAUCCUGAAGAUAGCCAGCGGCAUCGAUGAGGAAGCUGUCGAAAACCCUGAGGCGGACGAGUUCACCUACACAGAGACAGACACUGGCGAGACCUCUACGCUGCAGCGCCGUGUGCACGAUCGCAUCUACUCCGACGUGGAUUUCAUUAUCCGCGGCAAGCUGCGCCGAUGUCUGCGCAAGAAGAACAAACCGAUCUGA